CCACCACCCCUGUGGUCUCUCUGUUUCAGAUGAAGCAGCGGGAGGGGCAGGUGAAGCGCAGAGUGUGCGCCGUGGCCCUGACGGACUCCGCCCACAACAUCUGGCUGCAGGACUCCAGCAAGAGCAUGCAGGACUGGAUGCAGGAGCGCUGCCGUAACUGGGUGUCCAGCCCCCUGCCCCUGGACGCCCCCGUGGACGCCAUGCUGCCCGACUGCCCGCGCUUCUCUGCAGGCACAGAGAGGCAUGAGCUGACCUCCUGGACCAGCUUCGACUCCAUCUUCAGGUUCUUCGGCGAGCAGCUGCAGGCGCAGGAGGAGGAGGAGGAGCAGGAGGAGAAGGAGGUGGAGGAGGAGAGCUCCAACAUCGUCACCACGCGCAGCAGCUCCCUGAAGAACAGACACCAGGACCUCUGAAGAGCACCACCCCCAGCCAAUAACGGCCUGCUAUUAUUAGUGUGUAGCGUUGAACCUGUGUGUGUGUGUGUGUGUGUGUGUGCGUUUGUGUGUGCCUGUUCAUGCUUGCUUGCGCGUGUAUUGGGAUGGAAGUUGACGAGGGUAAAGAGUAUUUUUUCUUUCAUUAUCCCCAACCCCCCUUUUGUUCGCUACUCAUCUCCUUCUUUCUCCUUCCCUCCCUCUCUCUCUCCCUCCCUCUCUCUCCCACUAUCCCUCCCUCUCUUAACACAGAGGGUUGUUGUCGGGGGGGGGGGGGGGGGGGGGGGGGGGGGGGAGACAGGCAGAGCUCCGGGUCACUGUGUAUACAUCCCAAUACCGUUUUGCAUUACUUCUAGAUGAGUGCAACUGUCAAAGCAAUACGGGCCCAGAGAGCUGGCUCUUCCCCUGGGCCGCGGCCUGGCUGCGGCUACGGGCCGCGGCGGCGGAGAUUCAUUCUGACAGGCGCAGUGCUCGGUGCACUGUGGUGCACCUCUAAUUGUCCUGACAUCGGCCUGAACUGAGCUAAUGCACAGUCAGUCCAACAGUCCACACUGCCCUGCUCGUGCUUGCUCUCUCUCUCUCUCUCUCUCUCUCUCUCUCUCUCUCUCCUACUCCUACUCCUACUCCUUCUCUCUCUCUCUCUCUCUCUCUCUCUCUCUCUCUCUCUCUCUCUCUUACUCCUACUCCUCUCUCUCUUACUCCUACUCCUCUCUCUCUACCUCUCCCCAGGGUCCUAAAGCCUUGAGUGUUUCCUCGUCUUAAUCAGCCAGUGCUGUAGCUUAUCUCAGCUCUAGUAAUAUAAUAAAUAGCCAGCCGGCCCGUCUCUCAGCGUCCUGCUGUAAGCACCUGCCCACCGUCUUAAAGGAAGAGGCGUAGACGCACUCUAAUAAGCACUUCUGUGUGAGGGGGGCUUUGUGUUCUUUACACACUUCUUCGCUCCACGUGGGGACGAACUUUGUAACCUCAUUUUGCGGUCAUUGCAACAGCAAGGCGUGCAUGCGGCGCUGGUUAGAGCGGGGAUAUUGCACAAUGUGCAGGUUCUCUACUUUUUUUUUAGGUAUAAAUAUAUGUAGGCCGCCUUCCCCUCCAUAUGUUUUUCAGCCACACUCAAAAGCUCCAUAUUUUAUGCAGGCUAUUUUUCCAUAAUAGGUUGUUUCUUCAUACAAAGAAAAGUAUAGCUUUAAUAAACAAAACUAAAAACUGUUUAUUUUUGAAUAUCCGUUUCACGUGUUUAUUUCAAAAACUGUCUAGGUUCUUGUAUCUUGUACGUUUUUUUUUUAUUUUGUUGGCUUAUUGUAGUUUAUCUUUUGUUUUUUGUUUUUUCUCACUUGAUAUCCAUGAAAUGGAUGUCUUCGGGUGAUUGAAUAUGAUGAAACAAAUAUAGCAAACACAACCUGUGUCGAAUAUGAAGAAUUCGGGACACUGAGCAGAUUUAAAAUCACUUAGAGUCACAUAUCAAAAUGAGUUUCAAGGAUAUUUCAUCCCACAACAUUCAUAAAGCCUCAAUAUAUUGCCUUACACAUGUCAGGAAAUCCAAGGUUUUCAAUAUUAUCCUCAGCCUGAAUGAUAUCUCCUCAGAUGUUGCAGGGAAAUGUAAGACUCCUCAUUCUGGAGAACUCCUCUUUGGUAUGUUCUGAAAAGUGUCAAAAAUCAACCCUUCGCUCACCUCCACAUAAUCUCCUUCGGUGACACAAGCAUGAUGAUAAAAAAAUAAUAAAUUCCACAAAGCCGGGCUAUGUUAUGAACCACUCAAGGCUUAAUGGCACACAUCUCUAAUGUCCCAUGGCAUUAGACAGAACUUAAACUGCAUCGAAGCCUCAAAUGCCUUAAAUAAACAACGAUUUGACAUUAUCUUUAUUUUCUUACUCGUUUUGACUGUUAGAAUACGUUGCCCCAAACCCUCAUAUCCCCUCUUUUAAGACUGUUGCCAUCAUUUUCCUUUCCUUUAUCGAUUGUCUACUGCCAGCCGUGUGUGGUGUAAGGAUUUAGGGGAUUAUCUCCCCACCUUUAAUGAGACAACGGGGGCUGAUGGUUGCAGACCUAAUUUCCUUUUAAUUUGAUUCACAUCUCUACAGGUUCCAGCAAAGAAGUUGCUGCAUUAUUUGAAUUGAUGGGUUUCAUUUCAGAAUAAGCCAGCACUGUUUAUCUCUCUGCCGUUCAAAUUUCAUUUGACUGAUGAGGAGAAAAAAAAAAGGUCAUUUUUCAUAUUUGUUGUUGUAUCGUAAUAAACAUUCUGUUCUCUGGAAUUUCAAAAAAAUCUCAUAAUUCAUAUUAGAAUGGACAAAGCCUGCCUUGAGCAUGUUGAAAAGUUCAGUCCUCAACGCAUAAGGGUCGUAGAAGUUCAAUGUAAAUACUGAUUGUUAAUUUUCCGAUGAUGUUUAUGUUGUGGCAUAAAUUAAGUUCUCAUUUGUAUACAUUUCUUCCGUUUGGAUUGAGUGAAACCACUCAUAACGUUUGGUUUAUGCAAUUACUUCUUACAAUUUAUUUUUGGAUCUAAUAAAAAUGACUUUCGUGGGAACAAAAAAAAAAGAAUAACAAUAUUAAUAAUAAUAGCAUCUUGGCUUUUGCAUUAAGUGAUUUAUCUCCACUUGGACGAACAAAGUGUGUCUGUUAUUAUUAAAGUUAUUAAAAUAAGAAAA